AUGGAACUCUCCUCUUCUCCCUCAAUCAUCAAUGGGCAUUCGCCGCUCCCAUCCCAGCAUGGCAUCGAUCUUCCAACCCAUGACGCCGACUCGGCUUUCUUGACACCCCGUACAACUCCCCAGCAAGAAGAUAAGGCGCUCUCCGCUUCCGACGACAGCAGAGACGAGAGGCCCGAAACCACCGCGGCCGCGCCCGCUCUUGACACAGCCAAGAGCUGCGAUCGACUGCGACCCGAGGAGGAAGAGCGACAACGUCCUAAGGAUAGCAUGACCCACAUGUCGUCCGUCCUGAUCGGCAAGACGGUUACUCCUUUUUUAAAGGAGCACAUUCCAACAUAUUAUGCACCCAUCGGCAAGCCCAACAAUGAGCAGACGGCGAAGGAGAGAGACCCCAACACCAAGUACUGUUACCGGCACCGCCCCGAUUCAAAGUGUCGCCGGGCUGCCGACGAAGCCAAGAUGAUUAAGAUACAGCAGGAACUGGACAAGCUGCCGCCAGCUGAUCAACAAGCUAUCACUCAUGUGUGGUCCUUGUUCUCAGCGGCGCCUGCUCGCCACCGUGAGCUUAUGCUUCAGGGUGUUUUGUCCCAACUCUGCUUCCCUCAACUCUCCCUCGUCUCUCGUGAAGUCAACGAAGCACUCAAGAUCGACUUCAUAUCUGCUCUCCCCGUCGAGCUCGCUCAAAAGAUUCUGUGCUACCUUGAUACUGUCAGUCUCACCAAGGCAGCUCAAGUUAGCCGUAGGUGGCGCGAGUUGGCCGACAGUGACGCCGUUUGGGUCAAGAUGUGCGAACAGCACGUGAACAGAAAAUGCACUAAGUGUGGGUGGGGCCUGCCACUCCUGGAAAGGAAGAGGCUGCGCAAUUACACAAGACAACGUCAGUUGGCGAAGGAUAAUGCCAACGGCCGAGUCACAGAGUUGGACUCGAUUGCCUCGAAUGGCCAGAGUUCGAAACGUCCGAAUGACUCGGCAGACGAGGGUCCCGAUGGCAAGCGACGUUGUCUCGACAAGCCCCAACAAUUGGAGCCGAAGACUCGAAGCUGGAAGGAUGUGUACCGGGAUCGUUGGGAGGUUGGCUACAACUGGAAGUAUGGCCGGUGCAAUGUCAAGAUCCUUAAGGGUCACACCAACGGCGUAACGUGCCUGCAGCUCGACGACAACAUACUCGCCACAGGGUCGUACGACACCACCAUUAAGAUUUGGAACAUCGAGACGGGCGAAGAAAUUCGCACGCUGCGCGGCCAUACCCGUGGCAUUCGUACCCUCCAGUUUGAUGAGACCAAGCUCAUCAGUGGAAGUCUUGAUAAUACUAUCAAGAUUUGGAAUUGGCAUACCGGCGAAUGCAUCUCGACACUGCAAGGACACACUGAUGGUGUGGUCAGCGUGCACUUUGAGGGUCACCUGCUGGCCAGCGGAUCCAUUGACCGUACUAUCAAAAUCUUCAACUUUGACUCCAAGGAGGCCUUCUGCUUGAAGGAUCAUGAGGAUUGGGUUAAUUGCGUCCGCCUGGACAUCGCUAGUCGUACCGUUUUCUCUGGGUCCGAUGACACCACUAUCAAGCUCUGGGAUUUGGACACCAGACAGGUUAUCCGGACAUACCAGGGUCACGUCGGCCACGUCCAACAAGUUCUACUGCUCCCCCCGGAGUAUGAGCCGGACGACGAACUGCUCACUGGUAACACCCAUUCGGGCGACAACAGCGACACGCUCUCGAUCGCUUCAGGCGCUGAUGGAAAUGGCAACGCGACCGUUUCAGUCGUGCAUCCAGAGCACCGCCGCUGUGACUCUCCCUCCCGUGAUGAAGAUGUCCGUGCUCUUUAUGGUCCAACCUUUGCUGCGGAUAAGGAGCGCCCGCUGCCCCCGCGCUACUUCCUGUCUGGUGGUUUGGAUAGCACAAUCAGGCUGUGGGACAGUGCAACCGGUCGCUGCCUGAAGACUAUGUUUGGUCACCUGGAAGGCAUUUGGUCGCUGGCAGGCGACACGAUCCGCGUCAUCAGCGGCGCCAACGACGGCAUGGUCAAGUGCUGGGAGCCCCGCGCAGGGAAGUGCGACGCCACAUUUGUGGGGCAUAGAGGCCCGGUUACGUGUGUGGGCCUGAGCGACAGCCGCAUGGCCAGCGGUAGUGAGGACGGUGAAAUCCGGGUGUACUCGUUCAAAGACGUUGGCAACCACAAUAACAACAGCAAUUCCGGAAGCACGACAGCUACGACGCACGGAACGGCGACGACGGCAGUUAAUGGUCGGUGA